UGUGACGCAUGAACUGUUACAGCGAGCUGCUUAACUAGCAAGCUGGCUAACUAAUAAAUGUGAUUAAACGUUUAAAAUGAAGCCGACAAGUAAAUAAAGGGUUUAGAGAAUGUCUGACAUUCCUCACAAAAGAGACGAGCUUGGACGUAUUCUGGUGCAGGUGCGGAAUGACCUGACUGAGCUGAGGAAGAGGCUGGGGCGGACAGCUGUGCGCGAGCAGGGCCAGACUUUGGACAUUGACGCGCUGGACGCGGCUAUCAGCAGGACAGAGGAUGGCAUAAAGACACGUGCUGAGGAAUAUCUAAAGACUGUUAAUAAACAAGUACUGACCCUUCCCAUUAUUGAAGAUCUUGAGAAGAAGACUAAGAAGAUUGCCAAAUGGCGACCACCCCUCGAGACCAUUCCAGACAUGCGUCCUCAGAAGUACCUGACUGCUGGAGCAUCUCCUGGAGAGAAGCACAAGGCAGCGUUUACCAUGCGUCUGCUGUACAACCCAGCUCACCCAAAGAACAGAGAGCUCAUGCACCAGGCCUAUGGCAUCCAGUUCCCUGAUUUGCGGAAGAAAACUGGAACCACUGUGGGAACCCAGAAAGUGGUCUCGGGCCUUACGCUGGGCAGCUUAGCUGUUGUACCUACAGGCUUUCAGGGCAGCAACCCCUACCCUCCACCACCACUCUGUGAAGAGGACAUGAGAGCAGGCAUUGCCAGUCUGGUAGAGAAAGGUCUGCCACCCUCAGUAGCUGAUCUCUGUUUGGUGCGGACUCCUGUUAAACCCAAGGUGACCUACCUGCACCAAAGAGAGGGCGGCAGUCCCAACAGGAUAGGUGUGUGUGAAAGAGUAGGAAAACGACAGAAAGAUGUGAGUCAGAGUAAGGAUGUCAUGCAGGCCCCCAGAAUCUCUCAUCCAGAACGCCCGCUCACAAGGACCAUCGUCACUCCGCCUCCCUCUGCUGCCUCUGACAGCAAACUCCCCCAGGGACCAGCAAGACUCACACCACUCAACUGUCAGUGUGCUCCUGCGCUUCCACCAGCUCCUGUCAGCAAACACUGCUUCAACAUAGUGGGGGGCCAGAUUGACCCAUGUGCGGCAGAUUUCUGCACAUUUAAGGAACACUACUGCCUGUGCUGGGGGCCGCUGGUGGAGGUUCUGUGGCAGCUGGAGAGACUAAUGCGGGAGUAUGCUGUGCCACACGCACGGGUGUGCGGUGAACGGCUUGUUGCUCUGGUGCAGAGCGGGGAGCUGGACUGGGGUAGUGGGGAUAUGGAGCAGCUUCUCUUGACGCUAGAGAACAAAGAAGAGGUGUGGGAGCUGGUGAAGCAGCCCGGCCAGCGCUACAAGGGUGAGGGGGGGCGGCAAGCAGCCGCUGUGCGCAUCCAAGCCUGCUGGAGACGCCACCAGGCCCGCACCGCCUACCUGGAGAAGCAGAGGCGCAAAUGGGCGGCCGGAACCAUCGCCAUCUCCUGGCUGUUGCACGCCCAGGUGAGGCGCGUGAGGAAGAGCCUGCAGGUGACCCGCCUUCGUCACCUGGAGAAUUAUCGCAGCAGGGCGGAGUAUCUGGAAGCCAACUGGAGCCGCCUCAGCACCUGUAGGAGGACCAUUAUCCAUGUACCCUCGUUAGGAUACUCUGAGCAGCAGCGUCGCAGUCUCCAAGGAUUUGACAUACUGCAGAACACACAGAUGGGUCGUCUAUGUGAUGUUAAAGAUGAGAAUGUGGAGGUGAUCUAUGUGUGUCCGGUACAGCUGGGAGAGGACCUCUUACACUAUUACACUCAGCUUUUGGGCUUGCAGGGAGCUGUGGAGACAGGAGAGCCCACAGCUCUUCCAGCUAGCUGUACCAAACGCUUCACCAUCCUCACACCAGAGGCCUACCAGUACUUUCCAAGCCACAAAAUGUGUGUUUCUACGCUGCUGAAGUACAGCCCACACACACUGCAACGCAUUAAGUACCUAAUCCAGGGCAAGCAGGCCUACUUAGUCAGCGGAGUCCCCCACAUAGAUGACCUGGCUGUGGCUGAUGAGUUAGGAGUGCCAGUUCUGGGACCAGAGCCUGCUGUGGCCCAGCUCUACGGCACCAAGUCUGGAGUUAGGAGAAUUUUCACCAGCGCUGGGGUGAGCGUGCCCCCAGGACAUGGGGACAUAUACACACUGCAGCAGCUGCAUGAAUGCCUGGCGCAGCUGAUGACAGAUCAUUUGCAGGUGCAGUGCUGGCUUUUUAAGAUGGACGGAGAGGUGGGCAGCCGUGGUACAGCCUACUGUGAUGUCUCUCAUCUCAGCUUCAGGCCCUGGGCCCUACAAGAGUAUCACUGUCGUGGACCUCAGCUUUGGAGGAUGGCAUGGGCUCAGGAGCCAGUGCUGUUAAAAUGUUUGGAGGCAGUACCUGCUCUGCUGGCCUCUCAUGCCAAGCCUUUCAACACAUCCUGCUAUCCAACCUGGACCUGCUUCAUAGAGCAUUUCCUCAAACAAGGUGGCGUGAUUGAGGCCUGCCCUCCCUCAGACAGUGUGACAUGCCUCACAGUGGAUCUGCUGGUGGAGCCGGGAGGAGAGGUGAACAUGCUCUCAUGUGGAGACCAGCUGCAUGGACCUGGUGGUCUGCAGGUGGCAGGCUACACUGUGCCCCAAACCUCUGUCAGCUCCGACACUCUCUACUCUAUCUGCAUGCGUGUGGGCCACGCUUGCCAGCAACGGCGUAUACUGGGCUACCUGUCACUGGACCUGGUCACCUUCCUGGAACCCAGUUCUCUGGAACAACAGGUGUGGGCUGUUGAUCUAGACAUCGGCUACAGUAAUCAGCUGGCCAUGACCCAGCUGAUGCUGCUUAUGACUGGUGGAACACUGAGCUACCGCACUGGACGCCUAGAGGUCCCUCCUCCAGUCAGAGCCAACAAACCCACUGCACGCCAGAAGGCGUCGGUGACCACCCGGUUUGCAGUGAUGAGCAGCCAACUCCUUCAUACAAACCUUUCCAUGGUCCGCUACAGUGUAUUCUUCCAGAUGUGCAAGGCACAGGGCAUUGGCUUUGACAUCAAGGAAAGACAAGGCUCCGUGUUCGCCCUCCAUGACAGCGUGGAGAGGAGCAGCCUCAGCAUGGUAACAAUCUCCCCAGAUCUCCAGGGAGCGCUGCUGACCUUUGCUCGCAACCUGUCCGUCAUUCAUCAAGAAAUAUCAGCCCCAAAUAUGCAAGGAGAGACCAAUUUUAAGGACCUGAUAAAGAAUAUUGAGGAGGUGGUGGGUGUGACAGUACAGAACUCUGACAAAGACCACAAGGAAGAGCCUGUUCAAGUCUGUGCAGUUAUUGCAAUGCAUUGUUGAUGAGCACCACGCCUUCAAUCUUCCCUCCUGCAGGGCAACACGACGAGGAAGAGGAGAAACUGACG